AUGUCCUAUCCAUUGGUUUGUUUGGGUAACCCCUUGUUGGACUUGCAAGUCGACGUUGACGCUGAGUACUUGGCCAAGUACGAUCUCAAGGCUGACGAUGCCAUCUUGGCUGAAGAAAAACACAUGCCCAUCUACGGCGAGGCUCUUGCCAACAAGUCGUUGAAGUUGGUUGCCGGUGGUGCUGCUCAAAACGCCGCCAGAGGCGCUCAGUACAUCUUGCCUCCCAAGUCCGUUGUCUACUUUGGCGCUGUGGGCAACGACGUGUACCAGAAACAGUUGAACGAGGCCAACGAGAAGUACGGCUUGAGAACAGAGUACCAGGUUCAUGAGGACCACGCUACCGGUAAGUGUGCUGCUUUGAUCACGGGCCACCACCGUUCCUUGGUCACUGACUUGGCUGCCGCCAACCACUUCAAGGCUGCUCACUUGCAGAAGCCUGAGAACUGGGCCCUUGUGGAGAAUGCUAAGUACUUCUACAUCGGUGGAUUCCACUUGACCGUGUCGCCCGAGGCCAUUGAGUUGCUUGGUAAGCACGCUGCUGAGAACAACAAGGUGUUUUCUUUGAACUUCUCUGCUCCUUUCAUUCCUCAGUUCUUCAAGGAGCCUUUGGACAACUCUCUCCCAUAUGUGGACUACGUCAUUGCCAAUGAGUCCGAGGCUGCUUCUUACGCUGAGUCUCACGGUUUGGCUGACAUCAAGGACGACCUCGUGGCCAUUGCCAAGGAGGUGGCCAAGUUGCCUAAGGUCAACACCAAGAGACUGAGGACCGUCGUUUUCACUCAUGGUACCCAGCCUACCAUUACUGUCACCUACAACGCUGACAACGACUCUUUUGACGUCAACGAAUACACCGUGAGAAGCUUGGCAGAGGGUGCCAUCGUCGACACUAACGGUGCUGGAGAUGCUUUCGCUGCAGGCUUCUUGGCCUCUUUAGUCGAAGAGAAGCCUCUUGAGGAGGCCAUCAAGGUUGGCCAAUGGGCUGCCUCGUUGUCCAUCCAGCAGGUUGGACCUACAUUCCCAUUCCCCAAGCAGACUUACAGCGCUUAA